GAGUCACGUGCUGUUUGAGUAAGAACCUUGAAGAGCAACAUGGCCGCCUGCUGGAGGAUGGCUGGAGCUGUUCGGCCCUUCAGGCACCGAGCGGCGCCGCUGCUGACCGGAGCCGCAGCGCAGAGCCGCGGCCUCAGCGCGCUGCCCGCGGUCCGCCCGGGGCUGCCAGCGGCCCGGCGGUGGCUGCGGGUCGCGGCCGCCCCGCUCCCUCUCAGCCGCUUCCCCGCGUCCAGCCGCGGUGAACACGCGCUGAGUCGAUGGUUCGGUACCCGGUCCAGCGGGUCGGGCUUCUCCGGGGAGGACGGUGGAGACAGCGCCGCCUCUGGGGGAGAUGAGGCGGGAGGAGGAGACGGGGAAGCCCCUUACAGCGAAGCCCAGAUGACGGCUCUGACCCCCAUGCUGGUUCCGGAGGUGUUUCCCAACGUGCCGCUGAUCGCUGUGAGCCGGAACCCGGUGUUCCCCCGGUUCAUCAAGAUCAUCGAGGUGAAGAACAAGGCUCUGAUGGAGCUCCUGAGGACGAAGGUGCGCCUGGCUCAGCCGUACGCCGGAGUGUUUCUGAAGAAGGAUGAUAAUAACGAGUCGGAUGUGGUCGAGUCCCUGGACUCCAUCUAUUCCACUGGGACCUUCGUUCAGAUACACGAGAUGCAGGAUCUGGGAGACAAGCUGAGGAUGAUCGUCAUGGGUCACCGCAGGAUCCGUAUAACCAGGCAGCUGGAGCUGGAGGCCGAGGAGGCGCCGGCCGAGUGGUCAGAGUCCGAGCCAGAGUCCAAGGUCAAGACUCGACGCAAGUCCAAACGCAACCGCAAGGAGCCCCCCGCGUCUGAGGCUGAGCAGCUGGAGAACAAGGUUGCAGACGCUGACCUGAGUCCAGAGCUCCAGCCUUUACCCUCCUCCAGCAUCCUGAUGGUUGAAGUGGAUAACGUCCAGCAUGAGCAGUUCACGGUCACAGAGGAGGUCAAGGCGCUGACAGCUGAAAUAGUGAAGACCAUCCGGGACAUCAUCGCCCUCAACCCCCUCUACAGAGAGUCGGUGCUUCAGAUGAUGCAGGCCGGUCAGCGGGUGGUGGAUAACCCCAUCUACCUGAGCGACAUGGGGGCGGCGCUGACAGGAGCCGAGUCCCGGGAGCUGCAGGACGUCCUGGAGGAGACCAAUAUCCCCAAGCGUCUCUACAAAGCUCUGUCUCUGCUGAAGAAGGAGUAUGAACUGAGCAAACUGCAGCAGCGGCUGGGCCGUGAGGUGGAGGAGAAGAUCAAGCAGACCCACAGGAAAUACCUCCUGCAGGAGCAGCUGAAGAUCAUCAAGAAGGAGCUGGGUCUGGAGAAAGACGACAAAGAAGCCAUUGAAGACAAAUUCAGGGAGAGGCUGAAGGACCGGAAUGUCCCUGAACACAUCAUGGAGGUGAUCAACGAAGAACUGAACAAGCUCGGGCUGCUGGAUAACCACUCCUCAGAGUUCAAUGUGACCCGUAACUACCUGGACUGGCUGACCAGCAUUCCCUGGGGGACCAACAGCCAGGAGAACCUGUCCUUGGACCGAGCCAAGGAGGUUCUGGAGGAAGACCAUUAUGGGAUGGAUGAUGUGAAGAAACGUAUCCUGGAGUUCAUCGCCGUCAGCCAGCUGCGAGGCUCCACCCAGGGCAAGAUCCUCUGCUUCUACGGCCCCCCCGGGGUAGGCAAGACCUCCAUCGCCCGCUCCAUCGCCAGGGCGCUGAACAGGCAGUACUUCAGGUUCAGCGUGGGCGGCAUGACGGACGUGGCUGAGAUCAAAGGACAUCGGAGAACAUAUGUUGGAGCGAUGCCCGGGAAAAUGAUCCAGUGUCUGAAGAAAACCAAGACGGAGAACCCGCUGGUGCUGAUCGAUGAGGUGGAUAAAAUAGGCCGCGGUUACCAAGGCGAUCCGUCCUCUGCUCUGCUGGAGCUGCUGGAUCCUGAACAGAACUCCAACUUCCUGGACCAUUACCUGGAUGUUCCUGUGGACCUGUCGAAGGUUCUGUUUAUCUGCACCGCCAACGUGACCCACACCAUCCCAGAACCGCUGAGGGACAGAAUGGAGAUGAUCAACGUGUCUGGAUAUGUGGCCCAGGAGAAGCUGGCCAUCGCUGAGCGCUACCUGGUCCCCCAGCUGCGCACGCUCUGCGGCCUGACGGAGGAGAAGGCCUCCAUCUCAUCGGAUGCCCUGAGUCUGCUCAUCAGACAGUACUGCAGAGAGUCUGGAGUGAGGAACCUGCAGAAGCAGAUAGAGAAGGUGAGACGUCUCCCAGGUGUCUGUAAGGAGCUUUGUUCUGUGGGAAGCCAGAGGCGCUGCAGAACAGCAGAGAGACCUGAUCCCAGACAUCGUCCCCUGGUCCUCCUGCUGGUGGGACGUCCCUACAACCCCUCAGAGGGAGGCGUCCAUCAGAUAAAGAUGUCUGAUCCUCCUCAGCAGCUCUACUCGAGCCUCUCCCUGAAGCCGGGCAUUCUCUGGUCCAUCUCCUCUACAGGUCAGCUCGGGGAAGUGAUGAAAGAAAGCGCAAAGAUUGCUUCAACCUUUGCCAGAGCCUUCCUCAUGGCCAAGGAGCCAGAGAAUACCUUCCUGACCAGCUCCCACCUGCACCUGCAUGUUCCAGAGGGAGCUACUCCUAAGGAUGGACCCAGCGCCGGCUGCACCAUUGUCACAGCGCUGCUGUCCCUGGCAACCAACCGGUCUGUGCGUCAGAAUGUGGCCAUGACUGGGGAGGUGUCACUGACUGGAAAAAUCCUGCCGGUUGGAGGAAUCAAGGAGAAAACCAUUGCAGCCCGCCGUGCCGGAGUCACCUGCAUCAUCCUUCCAGCAGAGAACAGGAAGGACUUCUCUGACCUUCCAGACUAUAUCACGGAAGGACUGGAGGUCCACUUUGUAGACCACUACAACCAGAUCUACCCCAUCGUCUUCCCACAGAACUAGGACUCCUGUUUCACUGCUGUCAAAGAGCAUCUUUCCUAGGAUCCCACAGCUGCCAUGAUCACAGACGUUGGUCAGGGCAGCAGGAGGAGGACCGAUGUUAGGGCAGGGUCACUGGAUCAGAACCGACAGAGUUCUGGGACAGUUCAGAGACUGCCUGCUGGCCUGGUGCUGCUGAGCAGGAGUCUGAGGAAUAGCUCUCCAUCCACACCUUAGAGGGUUGGAGAGGCGCAGAUGAAGCCGUUUAUAUUUAAAUAAAGGAAAAGAAAGAACUGAUGGAAACGA